AUGUUGCGGUUGUCUAGGAACGCAUUUAAAGAUAUAUCAUGGAGAAACGAGAGAAAGACGAUAAAAACUGUUCCAUUUCUAACCAAAGACCUACAAUGGAGAACCGAUAUAAGACCUAACCCACAACGUUACGUACCUGCCUACAAUGAAGUAUCUAAAAGGAACGCUUCAAAUGAUCCUUGCGCUAAAUUUCAAACUAAGGAGAAGAAGAUACCUCAAGUGCCUAAUCGUCACGUGACGCCACGAGCACCUAACCAUUACAUGAAAGCAUACAAGUUGACCGAUACGAGGAGGUACUCUCCUUUCCACGCUCCCAAGCAGAGCGCCAUGGAGUGGGUGGUGGCUCGAGCAGACGAUAUUCUCAAUUGGGGUCGUAAGGGUUCUUUGUGGCCAUUGACUUUCGGGCUCGCCUGCUGCGCUUUGGAAAUGAUGCACUACGCGGCUCCUAGAUACGAUAUGGAUCGCUACGGCAUGGUGUUCCGCGGUACACCCCGGCAGACCGACGUGAUCAUCGUAGCUGGAACCGUCACCAACAAAAUGGCGCCCAUUUUUCGCAAAACCUACGACAUGAUGCCUGAUCCCAAAUGGGUAGUUUCGAUGGGCAGCUGUGCUAAUGGCGGAGGCUACUACCAUUACACGUAUAGUACUGUACGAGGUUGUGAUAGGAUUGUACCCGUUGAUAUUUAUGUUCCCGGUUGUCCACCAACAGCUGAAGCGCUUCUGUAUGCUAUGCUCCUGCUCGGCAAGAAAGUCAAACGGAUGAAAGUCUGCCAAGUUUGGUAUCGCAAUUAA